AGAUGUUAGCUAUCAGUGUCCCAGCAACCUCAAAUUUUUUUUUUUAAAAAAAUUACCACAACCCAAGCAAAACUCACUUGCUAUAUUUUUCUCUCUUUCGCUUCAAUACUCUUCCAUGGCUUCUUCUUCUUCUACUUAUCAUGUUUUCUUGAGCUUCAGAGGUGAAGACACGCGCCUUAAUUUCACCACUCACUUACUUCAAGCUUUGAAAGACGAGGGACUUGAUGUUUUCUUCGAUGAAGAAAAACUGGAAAGGGGGGACCAGCUUUCACAAGCACUUUCUCGAGCAAUUGCAGUCUCAAAUAUCUCAAUCAUCGUUUUGUCUGCAGAUUAUGCCUCUUCGAAAUCAUGCUUGGUUGAACUCUCUGACAUCAUGGACCGCUAUAGCGUCGAUCAACAAAUUGUUCUUCCCAUCUUUUACCAUGUUAACCCCUCUGAUGUGAAGAAUAUUGAUGGGAGUUUUAAGAAAUCCUUUGAUGAGCAUGAAACAAGGAGGUCAGUUGAUGAAGUGAAACAAUGGAAAACUGCUUUUGCUGAAGUUGGUAAAUUAGAAGGGUGGCAUAUAGAUGGAAGCAUCUCGGAUAGGCCUGAAACCCAGUACAUCAAGGGUAUUGUUGCGUAUGUUAUGCAAAAGUUGAUGAAGCAUCAAGUUUUCUUAAGCUUAGGUGAAGACACACGCCUCAACUUCUCCAAUCACCUAGUCAAUGCUUUGGAAAAAGUAGGAAUUAAUGUCUUCCCCGAUAACGAAACACUGAAAAAAGGAGAGAAACUUCCACCAACAUAUUCUCGAGCAAUUUCGGCCUCAAAUCUCUCAAUCCUCGUUUUAUCUAAAGCCUAUGCUUCUUCAAAAUCAUGCUUAGGUGAACUUUCUGACAUCAUGGAUCGCAAGCACAAUCCCGCUGACAAACAUAUUGUUCUUCCCGUCUUUUACCAUGUUGAUCCUGCCGAUGUGCGAAAUGGUGGUGGGCAUUUUAAGACAUCCUUCGAAGAGCAUGAAUCGGAGCAACCAGCUGAUAGAGUACAACAAUGGAAAACUGCUUUUGCAGAGGUCGGUAAAUUAAAAGGGUGGCAUAUAGAAGGAGGCAAAUUUGACAGACCUGAAACCCAGUACAUUAAAGAUGUUGUUGAAUAUGUUAUAAAAAAGUUGUCGAAUAUUAAGUCUGGAAGUGCUUCUGAAGAAUUGGUUGGAAUAGAUGAUCAGAAAAGGACGAUUUUGAAGCUGAUUAAGGAAAAAGAUUGUCGUGUAUUAGGACUUUGGGGAAUGGGUGGUCAAGGCAAAACAACCCUUGCUGAGGCUGUAUAUAAAAAAAUCUCUUUAGAGUUUGAAAGUUGUUGCUUUCUCCAAAAUGUUAGAGAGGAAAUAGAAAAAAAGGGGAAGAAAUCUUUACGAAAUGAACUUCUUUCGAAAUUAUUGAACUCAAAUGUUGAUAUAGACACCCCCUCCAUAGGAUCCACUUUUACUCAAGAGAGGCUAAACAAUAAGAAAGUACUUGUUGUCCUUGAUGAUAUUAGUGACCCAAACCAAAUAGAUUGUAUGGGUGUUAAACAUUUGGGCUCUGGAAGUAAAAUCAUUAUAACAUCUAGAGAGAAACAAGUGCUUAAGAGUGGAGGAGCUGACACAAUACAUGAGGUGAAGGCAUUAAAUAAGAAUGAUUCUCUUCAACUUUUUUCUACCUUUGCAUUUAAGCAGUUGAAUCCUGAAGUUGAUUUUCGAGAUCUAUCAUGCAAGUUUGUGGAGUACGCCCAAGGCAGUCCACUUGCUCUUAGAGUUUUGGGUUGUAAUUUAUGUGAAAGGACUAUAAAUGAUUGGGAAAGUGAGAUGGAGAAGCUAAGGGAAUAUUCCCACCCCGAAAUUUUUGUGGUUUUGAAAAGUAGUUAUGAUGGGCUAGGUAUGGUAGAGAAGAAUAUAUUUCUUGACAUUGCAUGCUUCUUUAAAGGGGAACCCAUAAAAAGAAUAAAACAUGUUCUAAGUGGUUGUUAUCGGGGUGUAGAGUGUGGAAUAAACAAAUUGGUUGACAAAUGCCUGAUCAAUGUCUCAUCUUCAUCUUCUACUUAUAAUGAAGGUAUAAUAUCUAUGCAUGAUGAAGGUAUAAUAUCUAUGCAUGAUGAAGAUAUAAUAUCUAUGCAUGAUAUGCUUGAAGAGUUGGGAAAAGAUAUUAUUCGCCAAAAACCUAAAAUCCCUGGAAAGUGCAGGAGGCUAUGGAGUCAUGAACACAUUAAACGAGUGCUCGAAUAUAAUCAAGGGACGGAUCGAAUUCAAGGAAUGAAGUUAAACAUGUCACAUAUGGAUAAACUACCAUUAUGCCCUUUUGUUUUUGAAAACAUGACUAAUCUUAAAUAUAUCAUCUUUCAUUCUCCUAAUAUUUUGAGGUGGAUAAAUGUUAGGAAACCAUAUACAAAUCAAGUUGAUAUUGUAUCUCUUCCUGAUGAGCUAAAGUAUCUUCGAUGGGAUGAUUACCCCUGUAAAUCUUUAUCAUCAAGUUUUAAUCCAAAAAACCUUGUGGUAUUGAAAUUACCAUAUGGAGACAUGGAACAACUUUGGGAUGGACAUAAGAACCUUGCUAAUUUAAGGGAAAUUGACGUUUCAUAUUGCAAGAAUUUAAGGAAGAUGCCUGAUCUUUCAGGAGCCAUCAACCUUGAGCUCCUUCGUUGCAUUGGCUGUGAAAGUUUGGUUGAAUUUUGGGAUGAAGAUGAUCAUAUGGGCCUUGUUAAUUUAAGAGAAAUUCGCUUUGGUUGCUGCCUGAAUUUAAGGAAAAUACCUAAUUUUUCAAGAGCCAUCAACCUUGAAAUCCUUGAUUGCUCUGACUGCAAAAGUUUGGUUGAACUUUGGAAAGAAGAUGAUCAUAUGGUAUGUGUUUUCAUAUUUAUUUGA